CUCGGGCGGAGGCCGUGCCCCCCUGGGAUACCGGGCUCUCCGCGCGGGACGGUAGACCCGGAGCACCUGCAGACGGGCUGCGCCGUGCGGGGUCUGCAGGCGGCCCUGCCUCUAGUGGGCACCUGGGCGCAGGUCCCCACCUGCGCCCUUUCCGCCGCGUGUACCCGAGCGCGCCGGGGAGACGCGUUACUCCUCGUCAGUACUGCCGCUGGGUGGGAGUCCUCACUGCAUAUGUCCACUAUGGGGGAGUCUGGCGUCUUUAACUGCCUGCUUGUCAACUCCCUAGGCCGGUUUUUAACCCCGUCAUGGAAAAGCUCUUACCCGGGGUCGAGCGUGUCGGACAGUGGGGGUCCUGCGACGUCCCCGAGCACCAGGGCCCCCAGGACUGGCCGCAGGACCUUGGGCCGAGCGCUUGCUGGACUGUACGUACCGCUGUUCAUCAGGGCCCCAGAUUGCGCGCGUCUGGUGGAGGCGCUGAUACACCCCGCCCUGCAAAAACAAUGAGGGAUGGCUUUUGGUUUUCCUGUGGAAUAUUAACCAAAACCCGGCUCCUCAAAACAGGCUUGAACCAGCUUCACCGCCUGACACGCGUUCCUCUGUGUUGAGUGAGAAUUGUGGUUUUAACUUUGUGAAACUUAGACUUGCCGAGUGCCACCUCUGUUCUUUCUCAUUGUUUGCUUGGGUCGCAUCACUGGGCGUAUCUUUACCCCACAGCCACUUUCCAGGAGUUCCUGAGUGCUCUCUUGUUGUGAGGGUUAACUUAGUGAAAACUGGGUAAUCGUUUUAUCCUCUGGACCAGGCUUGCUGGAGUGCAGUCCUUUGCAGUAUGUCGACAGCAAACAAGUAAAGGGAGCCUUACUUGUUGGGAAGGUCCUACCCUGACGUCGGAGCACGUCCACAUCUUACAAGACAAUUGACCUGAUAAACAUGCCUGACAAGGAAGCCGGUAUUAGUCUUCCUUGAGAUUUGUCUAAUCUGGUGGCAUGACCCCCUCCCUGCCCCCAAAUACAGACAGUGUGGGAAGGGAGACUGGAGAGACCGCGGGCGAGGGCGCUGCACACAACAGAAGGGGCGGGUCCAUGUGAGUGACCAGGAGGCCUCUUUGGGAUGCUAGGGAGUGCACCUGCAGUCUUCCGGGAGCUGGGAGCCAGAAGUGGGGACAACAGGUCGUAGAGAGCCAUCUUUUUAUUAUGCAGGAGAGAGGGCUCAGGGUAAUCGCAACCAGGAUAAGAGCUGGUCUCAGGAAAAGACAUGGUGCCGGUUCUCACAAGGCCUGUAUGAUGUGAUCCAAAGAAAAUGUUACUAAGAAAAGUCAUAAGGAAGAGAAGACACACUGUCCUAUACUGUAUUUGUAAUCCCCCAAGUUUACAUCGUCGUUUACAAGAUGAAUUGUCCGUCAGUCAGCACCCAAGUCAGUGUUGGCGUACGUGACACAAAACACUGUAGAUGUUACCUGCAUAGUGCAAACCACUGUUUGUCAAGAGUUAACUAUUCUUACAAAGCGAGAAUCAGCAGCCCAGCUCAGCUGUCGGUGACAGUUCUACUCCUGAAACAUCCAGAUUGGCAUUUCAAUCCUUUUCAGAAACAUCAGUUACAGUUCCAACUCGGGGUGCAAACAAAUCUCUUGUCUUAACCAUUUUACUGCUGGGAAAAGUCAGGCCCAGCCUGCUAAGCUAAGGUGACCUCCAGCGCAGCAGCGGGUAGGGGCUACCAUGUUCUGAAUACCCGAAAAAUUGUGACUUACCACGCCUGAGCCCUUUGUCCCAAGGCCCUGCGUCACCCAGGUGGACCCACCUGUUAUGUUCAGGUGCAGCCGUCUCUGUCCCCUGCACCUCACUUCCCACACUCCAUCUUUGGGGGAGGGAGGUAUCUCACCUGAUGGGACUAAUCUCAAGCAGGGCAGGCCCAGUCUGUGCUGUCCCCACUGCUGUCCGGCACACAGUGGUGCCUGAUGCCCAGGGCAAGAGGACAGGAGGAGCACCGGAACUCUCCAGACUCCCAGGGGAGACGUGGACAGACGGGGACAGCUCAGCGGGCUGCACCUCAGGGGCCAACCUGCCUCUUCCCUGUGCCCCGGUUGGACUUGGAGUGUAGACGGUCAAGGCAGCUCGCGCUGUCCAGGAUGGGAAGGGCUUUGGGUGUAGUGCUGCUGGGCUGGGCUGCGUUUCCGUGAGUCAUCACCACAAGAGUUGAUGUCCUGGGUCCUAGGGGCUGUCCCCGAAGAGCGACUUCCUGCCAGAAACCCCACCUAUCUGGUAUUAAAUGGCAAACACUGUUCCUUUGUAGACAUGGCCCUGUCUAACCCACCUGGCCGCGGGGGCACCUUGCUACCACCACCUGGUCCCACCCAGCCAGGCCCGGGGCUUCACACUCCUGGCAUCUGACAUUCCAGGGCCAGAUGUGCCUGGAGCAUCUCACUGGAGCAGACGCUCUUCCAGGGGCUGGACAGGGCGGUGAACAGGACGGACAGCGCUGCCCUCGGAGCUUGUGUUCCAGUGGAGGGCAGUAAGCAGGAUGGCUCCGCCUGCUGCGUUGAGAUCCCGCUGUGGGGGCAUGGAGAAGGCAGCUAGGAGGUCAUUGCAGAAGUCCGCAUAGGUACAUCACAGCAAUGCAAGUGAUGAGGGCGAUCAGAUUCUGGGUACAUCUCAACGUGGAAGAACCAAGACUCUCGCCUGAAUCUAAGUAGUAAUUAUGGAAUGUUGAUUUUAGAUGAAUAUAUUGGGAUUAUUUAGCAACUUCACAGAACUGCUCAUGAAAACCAAAGAACUGCAGAAUUUAUCCUAAACUUCCUAGGAUUUUUCUGAACUAUUUAUGAUGAACUGGGCUGACUGUUUACAUAGAAGAGAAGAUUCCAGCAGCUUCAAGAUUUUCCACCAUCAUGUCAAUUACCGCCUUCUGUGGGUUGACCAGAUGCACGGAUGGUUCCUAAAGGUUCCUGUGGCCCUCAUGAGGGCAGAGCAGACCCUUCACAGCCCGCGCUCCCUGCUGUGGGGCUGUACUGGAGCUUCAGGGACGAGGGUGAGGCACUGCUCCGGGGGCAGGCCCAGAUGGACGUGCCUGUCAAACCUGCUCGUCUGCUGCUGCUCAGCCGCGACUGUGGCUGGCCAGCCGUCGCUUCUCGAGGACGAGGGAGGCGAGUGCACGGAGCCUGUCCCGAGGAGAGCAGUCUUUGGUGCCUGAACUUUGAGUUUGGUGCAAGUCACGUGGCUUGAAACAGAUACGAGUUCGUCUUAGCACUGGUUCUCCCCGCCCUGCCCAGCGGCUGGCAGCACACCUGGCCUCGAGGGGGACUCGGAUCCCACCCACUGCGAGGAGUUCCUGCACAGGCGCACGUGAGCAGCCUCGCGUUUUUAGCACACAGACCCCUUCCAGAGGUAUUCGACUCUGGCCGGUCCAUCCUGUCAUUCCAAGGGAAGAGAACCCGAUCCCAGGACUUCAUGGGCCUGACAGGCUCCCACCUGUGCCCAAGUGGGUGCACAGGGACAGUCACUGGGGCACCGAGAGUGCUGGAGAAGAGGUGCUCAGGCCCCGUCAUGGCGGAGCUGUGCCGCACGGACUCCUCGCUGGCGGCCCUGGACGAGGAGGUGCUGUGGGAGAUGCUGGAGGACCACCGCUGCAGGAUUGUGUGCAGCAUCUUCCCCAGCCGCCUUACCCCCUACCUGCGCCAGGCGAAGGUGCUGGGCCAGCUGGACGAGGAGGAGGUGCUGCAUGGCCCCAGGUUCACCAACACGGCCAUGAGAGUCGGACAUUUGCUGGAUUUGCUGAAGACGCGAGGGAAGAACGGGGCACUCGCCCUCCUGGAGAGCCUGAAGUUCCACAACCCUGACGUCUACACCCUGGUCACGGGGCUGCGGCCCGCCGUGGACUUCAGCAGCUUCAGUGGGCUCAUGGAGACGUCCAAGCUGACCGAGUGCCUGGCGGGGGCCAUCAGCAGCCUGCAGGAGGAGCUGAGCCAGGAGAAGGGGCAGAAGGAGGCGCUGCUGCAACAGAGCCGUCGCCUGCAGGAGCGCCUGGAGCAGGCGGAGGCCCGCGAGCGGAGCCUGCGCCAGCUGGAGGCCGAGCACGGCCGCAUGCAGCGCGAGGUCAGCGCCCGCUUCCACGAGGUGCUGAAGCUGAAGGACGAGAUGCUGGGCCUCUCGCUGCACUACAGCAACGCGCUGCAGGAGAAGGAGCUGGCCACCACGCGCUGCCGCAGCCUGCAGGAGGAGCUGUAUCUGAUGAAGCAAGAGCUGCAGCGGGAGAAGAUGUCUUCUUCCUGUGAGCGGGAGUCUCGAGAGCGGUCGCUGAAGAUGGCGAGCGGCCUGGAGCCUGAAGACGAGGAGCUGAGCCGCCUGAAGGAGGAGAACGAGAGACUCCGCUCCCUGACGUUCAGCCUGGCGGAGAAGGACAUUCUGGAGCAGAACCUGGAUGAGGCCCUGGAGAGCAGGCAGGAGCUGGUGGACCGCAUUCACUCUCUGCGGGAGCGGGCCGUGGCCGCCGAGAGACAGCGCAAGCAGUACUGGGAGGAGAAGGAGCAGACCCUGCUCCAGUUCCAGAAGACGCAGGUGGACUGUGAGAUCUACAAGGAGAGGCUGGGCGCCCUGCAGAGCCACGUGGUCGAGCUGCAGAAGGAGCGGGACCAGGCUUACUUGGCGAGGGACGGAGCCCAAGUGGAGAUUUCUCAGAGCCUGACGGAGAAGGACGCCCUCCGCAGGAAGGUGUUUGAGCUGACGGACCAGGUCUGCCGGCUGCGCCAGCAGCUGCAGGCCAAGUCGCUGCCGCCCGGGCCCAAGCAGGAGGCGGGGCCCAGGGAGCCCUGUCCGAAGGGGAAGCAGCGGCUGACGCGCACGUUUGCCCUCUGCCCGCGGGACGACGGCAGCCCCUCUGAGUCUCAGCUCUGCUCCGACCUGAGCGCCACGUCCAGCCGCGAGCUGGUGGACAGCUUCCGCUCCAGUAGCCCCGUGCCUCCCAGCCAGCAGUCCCUAUACAAGCGGGCCGCGGAGGACUUCCGGGAAGACCCCUGGUCUUUCAGCAGCUGCCCGGAAAUCCUGGAGGUAGACCAGGGGAGCUGCCUGGGUGCCAAGGUGGACGACGCUGACCUGGACUAUGAGAUUGUAGACCAGGCAGACCUUCCGGAGUCUGAAAACAGCCUGCAGCCGUCCUCUGGGGACCCCUGCCUCUCCGCCAGCAGCGUCCCGGUGCGGCGGAGGCUGGCCCGCAAGAUCCUGAGCCAGGUCACGGUGCUGGCCUUCCAGGGGGAUGCGCUGCUGGAGCAGAUAAGCGUCAUUGGUGGGAACCUCACAGGCAUCUUCAUUCACCGGGUCACACCAGGCUCCGCGGCCGACCAGAUGGCCUUGCGCCCUGGCACCCAGAUCACGAUGGUGGAAACGGAGCCCUUGUCCAAGGUCGUCCUGGAGGGCAUGACCCUGGAGCGAGCCGUCAGACUUCUCCAGAGGGUGAACGGCUUCUGCUGCCUGUCUGUGAAGGUCAACAUGGAAGGUUAUAAGAAGCUGGUCCAGGACAUGGAGGCCAAAGUGGCCACGUCAGGGGACUCCUUCUACAUCCGGGUCAACCUGGCCAUGGAGGGGCGGGCAGAGGGGGAGCUGCAGGUGCACUGCAACGACGUCCUGCACAUCACGGACACGCUGUUCCAGGGGGGCAGCUGCUGGCAUGCCCACCGUGUCAGCCCCCAAUGUACCAAGGGCACCGAACAUGGCGCUGUCCCCAACUACACGAGAGCCCAGCAGCUGCUCAUCGGCCUCAUCCAGGACAUGGCUCAUCAGAGCACCAUCGCCCGCAAGCAGCCUUCUGGGGGAGCCCGAAAGUUGGUCCGCAUCGUCAGUGUGGACCGAACCAAGGCCACCCCUCUGUGGUCAUCCUUUGACGGGGGCCAGUUGGACCCGAGCUGGGCAGAAGAGCCCCCCACCAUGGGCUUCUGGGCCGAGAGCUGCUUCACCCUGGUGCCCUACACCCUGGUGCACCCCCGCCGGCCCAGCCAGGCCCGGCCCGUGCUCUUCGUGCCCGGGGUAGUCGGGGAGAUCCUGAUCAAGAAGCUGUGCCUCCUCCACGGGUUUAAGAGAUGCCUAGCAGAGUACCUGAGCCAGGAGGAGUAUGACACCUCCUGCCAGAGAGGGGACAUCAUCCAGGAGAGGGAGGCACCCGGUGGCCACUACUGUGUGACCCGCAGAGCAGUCGAGUCCCUCAUGGAAAAGAACACCCACGCCCUCCUGGAUGUCCGGCUGGACAGCAUCUGUGUCCUGCACAAGAUGGAAGUCUUCCCCAUCAUCAUCCACGUCUCCAUCAAUGAGAAGGUGGCAAAGAAAUUCAAGAAGGCCCUGCAGCGGCUUGGCACCACGGAGGACCAGCUCCUGGAGGCCGCCAGGCAGGAGGAGGGCGAGCUGGACAAGGCGCCCUGUCUGUACAGCAGCCUGGCCCCCGACAGCUGGAGCGACCUGGACGCCCUGCUUGGCUGUGUCCGCCUGGCCAUCGCAGACGAGCAGAAGACGGUUGUGUGGACAGAGCAGAGCCCCCACUGAUGCCCCCCCGAGGCAUAAUAAAUUUAGAAAAUGAA